GAGCACACAGGCAGGCAGCAGCUCUGCGGUUCACUCCGGCUCCAGCGCACCGCGGAUUGGACGGAGAGAGUCACGUUGUGCGUGAAAAGCUGUCAGUCUGAUGCCGCACCAUUGUUCCCCGAGCAGCCGGAAGGAGAGCUUGGUCAAGCUUUCUAGAUGCGACAAUAGUGCCGGUGACUUACAUACCUUUGAGGAAUUUGUUUGAUUUUCCACAGACCUGAGCGCGCAGGAGGGUUUCCGCAGUAGAAACCCUUGACAUGGUUUAGAGGGGGAAGCUGAAGUCCAUUCAGAGAGGGGCGUCAUUGACUGGCUGGAUAAUAGAAACGCAAUGAAUGGUGAGUGUGAGCAAUUUGAGGAGAAAGGCCUUUGUUUUACACACGGCUUCAGAAUUAUUCAUUAAUAAAUCCAACCACAGUAGUUUUGCUGUAGAUGUAAUUUCUCUGCUGCACGAGGACAAAGGACAUUUAAUGUGUGUGCCAGCUGUUUUCUUCUCCAACAUGCUGGGUUACAUCCCUGAAUGGUCCAACUCUUUUGGGCAUCUCACCUCAGUAGUCUCUCUGCUCACUGUAGGACAUCAUCUCAUCCACACUUUCAUCAAGUCCAUGUUUUCUUUAUCAUUUAAACGCUCAGUGCACUAAAACCCCAUUGACACAUAACCUAAGAAGUGCAGCAUGUAACAGCUCCUGUCCCUUUGUGUAUCAUUUUUGAGGUCACACGUGUGUGUCAUACAGUUCAUGAUACAAACUAUGUUUAGAGCCAGCUGACUGGUACAUGGCCAACUGGCUAAGAGCCUCUCAUGCAGACAGCAUGGAGCAGAGAGAGUCUGAUUCCCUGCAGAGCUUCCUGCAGAACAGGCAGAGGAGGCAGAGAGUCUGUUCCCCCUCCUGCCUCCCUGGGGAGACCCCUCCACCUCCACCACCAUCACCACCACCACCAGCCCCCAGCUAUAAAAGGAAAUAGAGGCUCUCAAAGAGAUUUAGAUAAAGCUCUGUCAAUCAGGCAUACAUCAGUGCUGGAAUUGCACGAUAAAAACCUGGGCCUACUGUUGAUAACAUAUGCAUUAUAAAACGAUGAGUGCAACAUAGAGAGCUGGUUAAACAAAAUGGAAAAAUAUAAUUUGCAAACAGCUACUUUCACACUGACUUCAGGUUAAUUAAAUUUAUAUUCUCUACUUUUUUUCUUCUACAGAAUCAAGAGGUGUCUCUGCAGUGUAAUAUAUUUUUCGCUAAAGGUAAGACCACAUCUCUGUGCUGCUGUCUGAAAUAUAAGUCUUCACAACACAUUAUCAUAUUGAAUCCAUGUCUACCAGAUAAAAUCUCACACAACUGUUGCUACACUGCCACAAAAGCUCCUCUGAUAACACGAUAUGAUGUGAUGUUGAUUCAGACAACAGUGUUUAGUCAAUAUAGACAGCUGCACUACCCUUACUGGAUUAAACCAGAGAGAUUCCUCUGAUAGGAAAAUUAUGAAAUACAGCAGAUGUUGACUUUAAUUUGGUUCAUCACAUCCUUGAUAAUAAUUUUGUUUGUAGAGAAAGCAUCAGUGCUCCAAAAAUGGGACAUUUCAAAACAUGAGGAUGAGUUUCUCUUAGUUUACAUGCAUAAAUGUAACCAAGAAGCGCAGUAAUAUCCAAAAAUGAACUUAUUUUUGCUGUGUACCUGGUUUAUAAUAUUGUAUUAUCAUAAUCCUUCCUUGACUUCUUGGUGGCUUCUAGUAUUUUAGUACGAAAAUAUAGCAUCUCUGUACAAAAUCCUGCAUUUAAACAGGCACACACAAUCACACACCCAAUCACUCUUUGUAUAAAUUUUGAUCUUAAACAUGAAGGAGAGUGUGUGUGUGUGUGUGCGUGUGUUUGGGGAGUGGGCCCUCUCUUUCUUGAGACAGUGUGUUUUUUUUCUUCCUCGAUCCAUCUGCUUCCUCAGUCUAUCAGCGCGGCGUCCUCAGAGGAGCAGAAUUUAAUUAGUACAUGUGGCACCGAGUUAAAGGACAUUGAAACAUUAAGUAGAUGUAUUUACUUGUGAAACGCGGCAUCAUUAAGCCGGCUUAUUUGAAUAAGUGAUUCAGCCAUGCUGGUAAUACAUACUGUAGCACAGAUGGCUAAAGCCUGAUAACAGUGAAUGUGCUCCAUUAAAGAUUCACAGGAAAGGUGUUGUGGUUUGACAGCACUGAGGAGAGUCUCUGCAGGAGGCUGCUGUGGGUGAAUCGCCUGCAUGCUGAAGGUCCACUUGCACAGUUCAAUCAAUUUAGCCUCAUCUUAUGUGGGAACUACAUGGAUUCAUGGCUGUAGGUCUGACCUGGAGGUUCAGGCAGAUUUACAGAGAGAGGUUAAAGGUUGAUUGUAAACUGAUGGAGGAGAGCAUGAGCUGAAUUCGACUUUAAAUCAGGCAAGAAUAAAAAUAACUUGUUUGAGUUGUAAAUGUUAAUGCCUCAUAAAGAGUCCAGUGGGGUUCCCAGUGUAGUACUCCUUCCUCUACAUCUCACAGCAUGGAUAUUCUCAGCCAGAUUACCCUGGAAGACAUUGUGUUUAUUCUUUAUUUCUAUAAUUCUUUGUUUAUUUUAACUGGUUGAAAAACUAUAUAAAGUCUUUAGAAGAUAUGGGUAUAUGAAAACCUCUCUGCAGAAGGCUACAACAAAACAUGACAAGGUAAAACAUUAAAAUACAGGAAAAUAAUCUGGUAAAAUGCUUUACAAACAGAGAAAUAUUUAUCUGAUAGAGCCUAUAGAGCUUAUUCAUAAGGUUCAAAGGCCAUUAAAUGCACUAUCAUUAACCCUAUAACCCAGUACACUCUGAAAAUAAGAUUUAUUUCUUUUAAAAAUCAUAGAUUGUCUUCUCUAAAUUUUGCAUCUUUACUUGUAAAUGCAAUGUGAUUAUUCCAAGGAUUUUUUUUUCAAUUUUUAAUAACACAAACAGUGACAGUCUAGUUAAAGUAGUGACUCAUCUUCUGUGGUUGCACAUAAGUCCUCUCUGAUAUAUCUUGUGGUUUUAUUGUAGCCACACACUGCUUCAUCCCUCAGUCCUCCCCAGGUCACUGAUGGAAAGAGAUUUUAAUCUCAUUUGAACUUGUUUUAUACACACUAUGGCUAAAAACGAAUACAAUUUUUUUAUUAUGCACCAUUUUGUCCCUCUUUACACACCGUAGGGAAGUAGCUGCAGCCUCUUCCUGCUUCCCUUUACCACCAUGAUGUAAAAUAAUGGCCCUGCUGUGCUUUUGAAUGGCACAUUUCCCUUUAAAAAUGCCUCAGCUGACAAGUCAAUGGUAAUAUGCCCUCUGCGUUACACAGAAUUAAGUGUCACUAAAAUACUCUGAGUUCAAGCUACUGCCUUGGAGUCGAGCAUACAGCUAAUCAGACUGAUGUGAGUGCUAUCCUUCCACAGAUAAAUGCCGUAUUCCACAUUUGAAGCACCCAGAAGCUUCUGCCUUUCUCCUAAGUCAUUGUUUCAGACCACAUGGUCAGUGCAGCAGCAUGUAUUUAAAUAAUAGAUCUAAAUAUCAAAAUCAUUAAGUACAUUUCAUUACCAUUGUUUAACAAUCAAGAGUGAGAACUGUUUUGUUGAUAAAGACUUCAAAUCUAUUUGAAGUGCAAAAUAAUGAAAUUUUAAGCAUGUCUUAAUAAUGCAGUUAACCACUGAGACACAGUGACAAGUUAUGAUUAAAAGUCUUAUCAUUUCACAGCCCUGAUUCACCCUCAUCUACACUCUCAUUAAUGUUCUCUGCACAGUUAAUUUUGAAUUCCUAUUUCAUUAGUCGUUACUGUAAACAUUUUUUUCCUCUAAAGUUAAAUUCACAGGAUUAAUGCUGCAGUCAGGAUCCUACAGAGGACUAAUCUGAACCCUUUAGAUUACGGAGCAGCUUUGUGUGUCUCUGCAGGGUUCAUGGUUCUAAUUUAGCAGCUUUUGAUGUGACUCUUUUUGUGUGUUGGGCUCCUUCCUGGCUGAGCUCUGAGCGUUCACACUUGCAGUCUGUGUUCUCCGUAGAUGUUGCCAUGACACCUAUAUGGAAUCUUUUGUCUGCUGCCAGUUAAUUAAGUGUUAACAAAAAGAAGACGCAUUUUUCCACCAUAAUGAGUUUUAUUUGUCAGUGCAGGUCAUUAUAAGCAGCUUUGUACAGGCAUUAGCUCUCAGUGUGAUUAGAUUACAUAUUAUAUUACAGUUUCGAUUUCACAACUUACAUUAUGACUCACAUAUACCUGUAACAGUACUGCAUAUAUACAGUAGAUACAGGAAAAUAAGUAAAGGAUCAAAUAAUUGGAGCCUAUUUUGAACAGUUUGGAUCUAAAUGUCAGUCACUUUUUUUCAGUGCUGUGAAAUGUGAAAAAGAUAAUCUAGAAGUUUGCAGAGACAACAGGUACAAAAAAUUAUGCAAGGAUUUUUCUUGUGAUCAAACUCUAGGCUACAAAUUUUGCAUGAUGGAGAUGCGCACACCGACUUUUAAAGGCUCUUUUUCAUGCCAUUUCACCAAAAUUUCACUCUUAUUUUCUCUCAUUGAAGGAUCCAACAAAAAAUAACAGACUUGUGAGUGAAAGGUGAAAACAAACACCAAAAGGUUUUUGUGUUUGGUGUUAAUUACAACUUAUUACGCUGUUUUCAAAAAUUUAAAUGGUUAGAAGGACUGAAGUUAAUCUUUGAUGCAUUUUUAGGAUACAAAAAGCAAACAAGACUAUAAUUAGCAAUCAUUGACUUUUUAAAUGCCUGCAACUACCCCUGGAGUGGGUGUAAAAACAGCUGUUUUUACAUUCUUCCACUGCUAAGAAUCUUCAAGAGUGAUCAUUUUCACUAUGACAAGACAUAAGGCUGACAUGUUUUAUCAGGAACAAAUGUGCAGCACAAAAUCUGCAAUGACACAUGAGCAAAGGCUUCAUCCACAAGGGGAACCCAAAAUCAGCAAAAGGCUAAAAGUUCCUCCAGUGAGUGUUAAAAUACAACUACAUCUACAAAUAAUACAACUCUAAAUGUAAAGUAGUAAUCUCACAGGCUAUAAGGGGUUCAUAAAUUAUCUGUAUUGAUUUAAUGUGUCAUACCAAGGCUUUCAAAUUAAGACCAUGGAAUUAAAAAUUUUAACUAAUAGCCUGAAACUGGCAUUAGAGCUUUCACAAUAUACCUGUGUUGACAAUGAUCGUGUAUUUGACAGAAUAUUGUUGUGCUAAAAAUAAAAACAUCAAGUUCUAUAAUAUAACUAAUUGGCUCAUAGCGAGGGAUGGUCGUGGUAAUCACACUGAUUACCACCAGUGAAGAAGCAGGAGCAGCUGCUAGUUGGCUAGUUGUAGCAGCCCUCCACGAGAGGACACCUUUAAGGCGGAUGUUCCAAGAUUUACUGUGAAUUUAAAAACCGUGUCUUCCUCAGGGUGCUAAUGAGAUUAAAAUUAUACUCUCAAAUUGUUCUUUUAAUUAUUUUCAUUCAGUGCCUUAAGUUAUAAACUACCAGAUAUACCAUGCACAGCUUUUCAAAAUAAAAGCAUGUUUUUACACCACAGGAAACCAAAUCACAUGAAAGUAAAAUAAGCUUGUCAUACAGUCAUUGUAUGGAGCAAUGUUGUGUCACAAAAAUACUUUAUUUCAAAUAAAUGAUGAUGUAUAAAAAGGUCAGUUUUGUUUAUUUGGAGGGAUACUUCGCCUUUCCUUACCUGCAUCAAAAUUAUUCAAAAAUGCUGGCAUUAUUAUGAUGUUAUUUUGGCCAUGAAUCAUAAGGUAAAAUUGUGACAGCCCUAAUUGGCAUCCUCUAAGUCAGGUUUAUGUGCUAGAAAAAGCAUCUCACGUCAUAUUUUUCCUGUGGAGAGCUCUGUGAAACUCGUGUUUUUAUAUCCUUCCAAUUCAUUAUAUACUUUUAUCACAUGCAGAGCUGGCCUACUUCAUGAAUUUCCUCAGAUAACAUUGUGAAUAUUUUGCAUAUUAAACCUGAUUCCAGAUCUCCACAUGAUACUAGCUCUAUAUAUAAAUGAUAAGGCUUGUCUGCAGAAUAUGAACCCCACAUCCCACAGCCUGUGUGAGAGAUGAAAGCAGCCCCGUCUCUGGCAGCUCCUGUUUCUGCCAGCAAACCGGCUUUUGCGAACUUUCAGGUGGCAUGGGAAAAUAUAGUCAUAAAUAAAAUAUAGAGGCAUGAAUAAUUUAGGUGAGUAUUGUGAUUGACAUGAGGGUGAGAGGACCUGAUUACGCCUGCCGUGCUGUGUGACUUGAAUUACUGCAAAUCAAAACAUUAGUCUGAGUGUGGAGCUUGCUGUGUUCGGUGUAUUUUGAUCACUGCUUGUAACAACAAAGACGGUGGAGACGCUGGAUGACACGUCUUUUUUAAGAUUACUCUUCAAUUUUGGCAUUGUGGAUCUGUGUCAUUAAAACACCAGUAAUGGUUUGAAAACCAAAGAAAGACACAAAAAAUCACACCAGGAGUCAAACCAGUUCACAAACUCUCGCUCGGUACAUUCUCAUUAUUACCAAUUCUUUCUGCUUUUAAAUGGGGUUAAAAUGAAACAAUUUCAGAGAGGUGCUGUAUGUUGUGGUGAAAUGGGGGUCACCCUUUGCUCAGGACCCCCCGUGGUUAAUAAGAAACCGUGCUUCCUCUAUUGUUGUAUGAGGAGGAAGAGCAGAUCAAUGAUUCCCAGCACUGUAGCUGCAGGCUGCAGCAGGCAUCACCAGGCUGCAGCUCCUCCGUGUGCUGAGUGCUGAGCAGUGGGCUGCACACCCCCCUCCUUCUCCCUCCCACCCCCCCGUCCUCUUUCAUGUAUGUGUGUGUGUGUGUGUGUGAGCGGAUCUGUCUGCAGCCUCAGGCAAGUGCAAGUUAACAAAUGUACAGAGUGCAUGUGAAGGCUCAUUUGCAUAUAUCUGUGGAUGUUGCUACAUUUCUUUAAAUGGAUUCCUUUGUGUUUGAUUGUUGGAUGUUUUCUUUUCAUUGUGCGGGUGCAAUUCUGUCAAAUCUGUCUGAAUAUGAAGAAGAUUGUAUUUGACAGUUAAUGAUGUUUAUUCGCAGACUCUUUUCAUCUGACCCUAAUUGCAGUAGAAUAGAAAAGCAGCCUGUGCAAAUGUUUAUUGUCCAAUUGCUGGUUUUUCUCAUUGCCUAAUAAUUGAGCAGUUGCAUACUAGAACAAAGAUAGAUAGAUAGAUAGAUAGAUAGAUAGAUAGAUAGAUAGAUAGAACGAUUCAGUAUACACAGAUGCAACAUGCUGCAGCUUUAUGCAGAUAUAUUUUUCAAAAUAAAAGUGAUCACAGGAGCCGUCUGCACUGUUUUCCUCUCAGGUUAUUAUGCACAACCUAUUACUCCUUUGAUUUUAACCAUCUUCUGUAUUUCUGUCGAGUGUGUGGUCCCUGAGUGUUCUCAGGGGAAAUCCUGCAGAUAGCUGUUUAAUGUGUUCCUUCUGAAUAUGAUGGUAGUGCAUAGAUUAAGGCAGAUGGCCCAGAAUCUAUCAGAAAACAGCGUUCUACAUGUGGCCCUGCGUGUGUGUGUGUGUGUGUGUGUGUGUAUGUGUGUGUGUGUGUUUUCUCAGUGGCAGGGAUCCUCCACUGACAUCAUCUGUAGCUGUAUAAUCAUCCAGGCCACAGCCUCUCCUCAGGGGAGUCCAGCUGAGACCUAGCCCCCUCUCUCUCACUCCCUCUCUCUCUCUCCGUCUCUCAAUCUAUUUAUCUCUCCCUUCUCAGCCCAGCUUUCUCUCUCUCGUUCAAGGUUGCCGUGGAUGGCAGAGUGUGACACUGGUGAUGGAUGCAUUCAGUAUCAGACUGUGGCUGCACGCUUCAAUUCGUUAUUUUUGCAGGGUUUCUCUAAUUUCUUCGCUGAUCUGAUCAGUUUAUGCCACUGGAAGGCAUCCGUGCUUGCCCGGACGAUGUCUACUGCAAUUUAAAAAAAAGAAAAAAAGAAAAAACAUUCCUCAAAUUAAAACAAAGAAAGAAUUAAUAAAAAGAAAGAUCUGCCAUGCCAUCUGGGCUGUAAAACUGUGUACUCCAUCACUGUGGAAACACUAGUUGUCUGAGAUGCGAUCCAUAUUGAAUGGCAUAGGCGUUUGGCAGACGCAGAUACAGCACAAAUCUAUAUCAAUAGAAACCAUCCUAACCUCUCUUUGCCCCUCCCCCCGCUUAUACACAUUUGGCAGCCAAUAAAAGAUGAGUCUUUGUCGACUUAUAGUAUGAUGCAAGUGAUUAGUGUAUACAUAUGUAGAUGUACUCAUUUGUGAUUUUCAUAUGUAUACCAGCAAGGUUCAUUGCCAGUAUAGAAAGGAUGUUUGUGUGGAGCAGGGGAGGUGAGUAUAGGGAGCCAUAUAGUCGUCAUUGGAAACAUUAAAGCUGCAAUGGAGAAAAAUUCACCACCAGGGGGCGUAUAUAGUUACCAACAUAAUCCACAAACUCAAAGCAAACUUGGCUGGUUUGUUUUUUGUUAAUAAUGGGGCCAACAUUAAAGCUCCUGUGAGGAACUUUUUGUUUGUGUCAACUUUUGCGCCCCCCUGUGGACAGCGAGUCUUUGCUUAUCUUGUCCAGUACAUACUUAAAUAUUGAUUUAUUUAAGUACAACAAAUCUUAUUAUUCUGGCUUUCCACAGUCAAAUGUAUCAUUUAUUGCAAAUAUUUUAUGUGGAAAUUGUAAAACAAGGCUGUGUUUUGAGCUGCAAGGCCUGGACCUAUGACCUCUUACUGGUUUCAGACAAUAAAAAUGGGGUUAGAAAAAAUGUCAUUCUUGUCACUGAUGUUUUUUUUUUUAUUUUUUAUUAUUAUUAUUAUUACAAGGCAUGAACAUGAAUUUUAUGAAUUUGUUCAAUGGAAAAAAACUUCUCACAGGAGCUUUCAGGCACAAGUCUGUGUAGUGAUCAUAUCUAACAAAGUCUGAAAGUAAAACUAGCUGGAAUUUGUGGCCUCUACUCUGUGAUAAUAUCUGGGUUUUUGAGAUUGACAAUCUUCAUUAAAAACUUUUUCACCUCAUUGCUCAGGCUUAGCUGCUUUUUGUAAUAAUACUUUUAAUACUGCAUGUGCUGUUAGUGCUCAAAAUAAUAGAGGCUAAUUGAAGCUUGGCCAGUCUACUCAGAGUUACUGCUUUUACCAUUAUAAAUUGUGUGAAAUUUUUAAUACUUACCUAAGAAGAUAAAAAUCCAUCUCCAUCUACUCAUAGUGAAUGGUCAGCGAGUGUAUAAGAAAUACUGUGUGUGUUAUAGAUUCUGUUGAACGUUGGCAGAUGGUAUCGUAAUCCGUGUGAUGGAGCUUCAUAGGGAAGCUUGAACAUGCUGCUGAUGGAGACCCCCGGCCUUGGAUUUCCACAUGUAUUGGUUCCAUCUGUUUUCUAUGAAAUCUGAACGUACUGUGAGGUGUGUUGGGUGAUGAGGUGGAUAAUGGCAGUGAUGAAAACGACGACCGGGGUGGGUGCAGUGACUCAUUCAUCCUUGAUUCAUUUGAGCUUCUGUUGCUGUCAAGAGUUCUGAUUCAGAGCCAAUGAUGCAAACUAUCUUUGAUAUGUUGGUCAUGAAGCCAAGCAGUUCAUAGACAGGGAAUUUAGAGAGAUCACGGAGGGGUUUGUGUAAUUACUGAUGUCAGACCCUGUACACUUAUACCUUCUGGAGGUCUCCAAUCACAUAAAUGUGGUGCCAAGGAUGGUACCAUGUAAGAGUUGUGCACUCCAAGCUGGCCUCCUCAUUUACUUUGGUCAUGAGCUUUAAAACAGAAGCAAAAUUCAUCACUCUUAAGUGGCAACAGUCAACUGUGAGAACUAAUGAGACCUAUGAAAAAUAAGAAUAUCAAUUAUUGGCACCAAUUUUGGUAUAGAUUGGGAUCAAAUACACACAGACUCACCACUGAUUUUCGUUCUGUAUUUGGAUCAGUACUCAUCUGUACCAAAUCAAAAGUGCCAUACAGACAUAGUACUGAAUGUGUGUUCCUUUACAACCCCCUGACACCCAUAUUGGUCUUGGUAUUGGUUUUGGUAUUGAUAUAUGUAUCUGUAUCUGUAGUGGCAAUUUGGUCUGAUCAAUUUACAAUACUUAAAACUCAAUCUGGCUAUCGGACACAGGGUGAGUGGAUCGUAGGAAUAUUGGUAUCUGUGUUUGUAUUAAUAUCAGUUUCUGUAUUUGUAUUGCUAGCUAUAUCUGCAUCAGUAUUGACAUUAGUAUCAGUAAGGUAAUGAUGUUGGUGUUCAUAAGAAAUUCAUAUUGGUAUCAGUAUUAGUUUUGGCAUCUGCGUUCUAUCUGUAUUAUAGCUAUUUGUAUCUUAAUGAGCAUAGCUGUUAUAUCAUUGUUUUGUUAUUUGUACCUGUAUAUAGGUAUCUGUAUUGGUAGCUGCAUCCAUGUAGAUAUUUGUAUAAGAAUCUGCCUUUAUAUAGGUAGUGGUAUCUGUAUCAAUACUUGUAUCAAGGUCUGUAUCAGUAUUAGAAUUGGUAUUUAAAGUGGUGUCUGUAUCUGCGUUGGUAUUUAUGUUGGUGUAACGCACUGUAAGUAAGUCAAAUAAGCUGAAAGUCAAGAGUCUGAUUUUCCGCCAGCAAAACAUGUUUCUUUUUUUCAAUGAUAUUUAAGCAGUCCUGGGUACAGACAGACUGACAACUCAAACCUUUGUUUCAGACUCUGCAUCAGUGAACGAAGAAUCAGUAUCAGAAAAUCUGGUGUUUUUGUCUUUUUCAACUAAGACACACGCUUUUAUUUGGUCUUUGUUGUAAACAAUAGGACUCAGUUUGACAAUGCUGUUUAGACGUAGUUUAAAAGUCACCUUUCAUCUGUUUCAGCGGGACUUGUGCAGGUCUUUUGCAUAUGACCUCAAUCAUGUUAUGAGCACACAAAUGAUUACUUCUAAACCUCCUCUUUGUGCAUAUUUUUCCUGAUCCCUUAAAUUUUCUUUCCUGAGAUGAAAAACCCUUGAAAGUCAGAGCAUAGGUAACCAUCACUGGUGCGGCGGGGUAACAAAUGUUAUCUCUUACUCUGAGGUUUUGCAUUUCUAUGUAACAGAGCAGCGUGUGUGUGUAAAGCUUAUGGAUGAAACACUGGAGGAAUGUAGAGUAGGCGGUCUAACAACACAUUUUUUUAGGGUUUUGGAAGAUAUUAUUGAAACCAAGGUGAAAAUUAAUACUAAAACUAAAAAUAGAUUCCCUCUACUGCUACCUCAGAAAUACUAAAUUUGGUAUGUUUCUGUAUUUUCAUUUCUUCUGGGAGUAAUUUCAUGUAAUUUUCAGUAAUCAAAAAAAAUUAAUAUUCCAAAAAUCAUAAUUUCUUGGCUCUUGUAUCGCUUAUUUAACAAUCUGCUCAUGUUUUUUUUUUCACUCACGUCUGUUGAGCCUGCAGGGUUAGAACUGUCUGAUACUGUUUUAUUUGAUCACUGCAGUUUAUCCAGGACACUUAAAAAAAUCUAAAAGCUUUUAAAAGAUGCUGCUGUAUUAGUGACGGUAUACCAACCAUCUGAGGGCAGUUUGGUUAACAUGCAAACACAAUUUCUUAUCACCUCAAGUGUUUGUUUUCAGAAAGUCUACAUUUCAUUUAAAAAAAAAAUGACAAUGAAAGGGGCAAACCUUUCUGUCAUAGAUGAGUUAAUCAAACAAUUUAAAUGAAACACAUCUGAAACCAUUUAUCUAUCAUCAACACAGUUUUAAUUAAUCUUCUUUUAAGCUAUUAAUCAUUACAGCUGCACUAAAUCUUCUUGAAAGCUGUUUUAGUUAACACCACAGUAUAAUGUAAUACAAUUAUGUCAUUGAAGCUCUCAGGGAGAAGGAAACAUGAAUAUACAGUAACUAAAAGCAUAAAAUUAAGUGUAAUACAAAUGAAAAAGAAACUUUAUUCUCUCCUCAAAAGCAUUAACUCUAAAUCAAGUAUGAUAAGUCCAGAGAUGGUGUAUUCUGCUUUUCUUUCCCCAGUAACAGUGCUCUCUCUUGUAUUCCUUUUUUUAGGAUGUCUGUCAUUUUGCUGCUGCAUUUGCAUUAUGAUGCUUCUUUCUUUGGUCAUUGUGAUUCAUCCAUAACAGCCAGCUGUAAUCUGUGAGUGCUCGGCACAGUCUGUCGGAGUACAGUCAGUACAAUUCCACUGGCUGCCUGGGCUCAGACUGCAUUUUUAACAAGAGCCAUUUCAAUGGCAAAAGUCACUCCAGGACAAAAUAUAAUCCCUUAAAUAAUAUACUAUUCCCACUACUACCAGCCGAGCACUACUUUUACUACUGCAACUAAAUUUAGCUGUGUAGCAUGUUGCGUAAAAAGGUUACAUAGUUGCUUGAAAUGAGGUCAGGGCAAACUAACCCUAAUGAACUUAUUGUUGGCUAAUCAGUCUUUAAAUAUGACUGAAUGAAGGUAUGAAGUCUGCAUCACAGACUGCAGUGCUGUCAAAGGGAGGUUCAGUGGGGACACUGUAUGGCUGAGAAUGCAGAACAUCACAGGGGUUGUAUUACAUUUUGUUUUCUUGAACUUGCAUUAAAGAAAUAAGUCCUUGCACAUAAAACUAAAUACAGGUUUGAGCUACAUCAGAGACAUAAGAAAAUGCAAAUACGACAUGUGCUGUAUCUGUGUUUUAAAGAGUUUGUCUCUUUAAUUUCUAACUUUUUUGAAGCUGUUAGAAAGCUUCAAGGCUAUGAGCUAUCCUGUACCAGGAAGUGAAGGACCAUUUACGUCAGCAUAGGGUCCAACUGAGUGUGAGAAUAAUAAAAUGACUCUGACCGCACAAUUAUGGCCUGACUCACUGUACUGCAGAGCUCCCUGAAAGAAAGAAAGAGUUAGGAACACAUUCAAGCAUUCAUUCAGUACAGUGAUGACAGAUCUUUUUUCCUGUGGAUGAGGUAGAUUAUUCUGAUACUUUUUUUGUCACUGUGGUCUUUUUUUUUUCUUCCUUUUCUUUGCCCUAAAAAUUUCUGCAAGCCUUUAUUUGUAGUCAGUGACGCUAAUGUAUAUGUACCUUUGUCAUCUAGUGUUGUAGUGUAGUCACCAAAACUAGAGUCUUAAUCUGAGUCCAAGUCCUCAGUGUUCAAGUCUGAGUCCAGUCCCUGUUUCCUGACUCCAAUCUGAGUAGAGUCUCAAUCACCUGAGGCGCCUCUAUGUGUAUCUUGGCUGGAGCUGUUAAACACAAUGACACGAGAACAUGCAAGUGAACACACGCUCCAGUUCUUUCCCCGAAACUGAAUGAAUUACACAGGAAAACUGUCAAAAACUUUAAACAAGUCUUCAGCAAUGAACAAGUCCUCUUUUCUGUCCUCCAGAUGUGAAUGGAGUAGAUACUUGAGUCCAAAUGUCAGGUAGGACUCAAAACUAGUUCAAAACUAGUUCCUUGAGUGACCACUUGAGGCUGGCUCAUAAAGGCCAAGGAAACCCCCUUAGAACCCAAUUUAUAAGCAAAAUUAAACAUGUUACACCCAAGUGAAAAAAAUCCCUUUUGAUCUCUAUAACUACUAUUUUUGUUGAAACUGGAAGUAGGGAGUGAAGAUUAAGCUACAAAAUGAUACAGAAAUCAUGACAGUGGGUAUAUCACCAUAUCUGAUGAACUGGAGAGUUGAAAAUGCCUCUUAAAGGCGAAGUAAGGAAAUAAAGAGUCAUGAGGUGAAAGUGUGUUAUGGCUAAUUUAGAGUGCUGUAUUGUUUCCUUGAAUUUUAAUUGGGAUAUUCGGUGCCAGCGAUCCAAUCACUGUAUCAUAUAUGUAAAGAUAGACAAAUGAAUAGUUCCUAACUGGUUGCCAGUCAUUGUUAUCUGAACACAAUCAGCACAACAUCGGCAUCAGGCUUCAAAAGGCUGAUAUCACAAAGAUUUUUUAAAAACACAUUUUUAAUCCCCAAUGACAAAUCGAGUUAAACACACUCACUGGCAAGUGUUUAGUGUAAGUUUUGCUUCUAACUCAAAUACCAGCCAAGCUUUGAAAUCCAGGGCAUAACCCAGUGUACUGGUGUUUUUUGCCAAUUCAUUGAAAAUUCAUCUACAACAUGUUCAUGGCUAAAACAACCAUGCAUAUUGCAUUGGAUUAAAACAACUCUUUUUUUUUUUAACCACAGUAUCUAACUUGUAUAUUUUUUUUCCUUUUUAGUCAUUUUAAAUUGGCAGAAUAAAAAUCCAAAAGUUCCCUUGAGGUGAUAUUUUAUGGAGCCAAAUAUUUUUCCAUCUGGAUUAUUUAUUAAAAUAAUCAUCACUCACUUUUUUUCUUACAUAAAAUCAAAACAAAAACAAACCAACAAUUUUCAAACCAUCUUUAUUUUAUUUAUAUCAAGUCUAUGAAUUAUGCACAAUUAGGGGCGUGGCUUAUUUGACUGACCAGUGAGCACCUGAUUUGGUAGGAACCUUGAGGUAAUUUUCUGUCAAUGCAUUUUGCUGCCAGUUUUAAAUGUAUAUUAUUAAAAAAUGAAAAGUUGUGUAACUUUUUUUGUCUUAAAGUUGCUUUGAGCUUUUUGUCAUCUUAAUUCAAGCUGAUUUGUUAAUAUAUGUUUCUGUAUACACUGCCUGCUCUGAUACCUCAUGCCAAAUUUGCUGCAAAAAGCUCGUAUUGCAAGUCCGUCCAAGAUUUUUAUGUAAACCAUGUGUGAUGCUCUGAAGCUUUUUAGCUGGACACUCCAGUUUGUAUUUUCUGUCUCCUUUAUAUCCUCUUCGGCCCACUCUACUCCUCCCUGCUCUUCACCCUGUCCUCACCUCUUCCUCCCCCUCUUUACCAUUCCCCUCUGUAGCCCUGUUAUAUCCCCCUCCCCAUUUUCCCACUGCUAUGCAUCUCCCUUUUGCCCCCCUUUACAUUUCUCCAACAUUCUGUCGUCUCCACUCCUUCCUCGACCCCCAUACAUACCUUUGCCCCCUCCUCCUCCUCCUCCUCCUCCUCCUCCCCCCUCUCCUCUCCUUCCUCGCCCCCUUCCCUUCCCCUGCCCAUGUUGGUAAAAAUAUCUGCAGACAGCAGGAGCAGAGGCACGCCUGACUCUCUCUCUCGCUCUCUCUCUCUCUCUUUCUCUCUCUCUCUCUCUCUCUCUCCUCCCCUCUCGCUCGCUCUCUCAGACAUCCCACCCAUGUGAUCUCACAGGCUGUCUCUGCUCUGCUCCACUCUCUGCUCCAGUCAGGCUCCUGCCUUUCAGCCGGCUGCAGCUAAUGAGCCUUUGUGUGGCCAAAGAGAGAGAGAGAGAGUGAGAAGACAGAGAGAGAGAGAGAGAGAGAGAGGAACACAGUGACAGACAGGGGGGGUUUAAGUGAGAAAGACUACCGACUUGCAACAAUAAAAGCAUAUGUGCAGCAAGAGCUGGAAAAUUACAAGCCUCUCUCUAACACUCCUGCACCUUUUUUUCCCAUGAAGCUAAGGGGCCGCUGCAUGUCAGUGGACCGAAACCAACUGGAAACCUUUUCAUUCAUCAUGUUUUACCUUUUUGUUUGAAUAGCCACUUUUUCUUUCACUGUGUGGCGGUGCUGCUGUGAGAAGAGGUGAAAGGAGUCACAGGCUGUCAGUGGAUGCAGGUCAGUUGUUCCUGUGAGGGCCGGCACACACACAGAAUCACACAUACAGACAUACACACACACACACACAUACAGGAGUGUAAUGUGGACGUUGCAGGACUGAUGUGUCAUGACUGGCUCCAGAUGCCAUUGGCUUGUUGGCAUCACUUGGCAUGAGUGUUUGGAAGCUUGUGUUGUCACAUCAGUUUGCCGUGAUUGUGGGAAACCUUGUGAAUGACGAGGUGAAAAAUAAUUGUGUGUGAGCGCUCUUGAUUAAGAAAAAAAGAGUUGGUCUGUGUGUGCACAGAGAAUCAAACACAGGGAGGGGCUUUCCAAGCUGCCUUUAGCUGCAUUAUUUUCUCUGGGAUUUUUCUCCCUGUUACUGUUAUAGUGCACACACUGCCCGGCCGUGAUUAGUGGUAAGGCAACAGAGAAGACAAAGAGAGAGCUGUUGGAGAGGAGCAACAACCUCUGGUUUUUAUUUAGCCGUGAUGAAAGAGGUUCACCCGAGAUUACCCGCAGCUCUGUGCCUCAUGAUGUCAUGCCCGUCCAGGGACAAAAAUGUAACUUUUAAUGCUGUCAUUACAGAAAACAAAUCAACCGAAAAUGCAUCAACCCAAGAAAAGGAAUACAGGAGAUAGUUUGCAGGAGUGUAAGCUGGAAUUGCUCUGCCUUUGGUUCUUGAAUAUAAAGAUCCUCAUUUACACUAUGCAACACACGGUCAUAUGGGAAAGCAGUGGUUGUGAGAGUACAUUAGAAUCUCCAUGGAAACCAUUUUUGGUAUCAAAAGCCUUGUGCAGCAUCAGCUGAGGGCUAAGCAUACGAAUAGGUUUCCAACAAUGGUUUCUAAUUAGGACCCUUGCUAGGAAUGGAAUAAAAUUGCACAGGUCAUUUUUGCUGGAAAUUUCCACUCAUGUCCUUUUCGCCUGUAAAUGAUGUGAUUUGUGGAUUGAAUUGUGUCUUUGCUGGUUGGAUGUGAGGAUAGCAGCUUCUACUGAUCAACAUGUUGUAUCCCACAAAUCUAAUAUGAUGGUGUAUUCUAGUUGAAGCUGAAAAGAUGAUAUGAUUAUGUGCUAUAAUAAUAUUACUCACCACAGAGAGUAAAUUGGUAUCAGGAACCAAUAGAUCACUGAAAUUGUAGUUAAAAAUAUCACCAAAACAAUCCCCCUGGUAUCAAAGUAUUCUGCAGUUAAUUGACUUCAUAUGAAUAUAUGGAAUAAUUGUUGCAGCUCAGUCGACCAUAGAGCUAGUUAUAGCACUCGUUCUGGUUGGUAAGUUUGAGGAUUGUUCUGUGCAUAGCUUCUUUUCGGGUCUUCUUGAUUUAAAAAAAAAAUACACAAAUUAUUGGAGAAACAAAACACUGUUGGUUGAAAUGCUAUCUUUUACUGUAUUUAAUGCUGACACUGAUGCUAUACUACUGUGACGGAUACAGAUACUAUUACAUCGAGCUGCAAUGAAUACAGGUGCUGGCACUGGCACAGAUACCUAUACUGGUAACAGUAAUGGAUGCUGGUAUGAGUACAGGUAAAGAUACUUGUACUACUUCCAAUGCUUGUAACAGAUACAGACACUGGAAGUAUCACUGUGACAGACAUUUGUUGUAAGUAACUGGUACUGGUAGCCCUAUGUUACACAUGCAUGUAAAAGAAACAAAGUGCUGUCACUGUGACAGUUACUUUAGGUUAAUACCACAAUGGGCACUGUAACAGCUCAUAAUAACAGAUACUGAGAGUAGCACUGAUACCAAUACUAAUACUUGUAACAUGAACUGCUCCUAACAGAUAGAUAUUUUUACCAGGAGCAAUACUGGUGCUUUGUCACCUAUACCUACAACAGGCACAAAUGCUAUACUGGUACUGUUAUAGAUACCUGUCAGGUAUCCAGGCUGUAAGCAUUGGUACUGCUACUUCAUAAAUACAUGUAUUGAUUCUAGUACUGCAACAUGUCAAAAAUGGGUUUUAGAGUGUGCUCCAGUUGAAAAAAGUCACUAAUGUUUCUGAUCAUAUCUUUUCUACGAUUAUGUUCAUAUAGCAGAAAAACUGUGAUGUGAUAUGCGUCUUAGCCUGCAAUCCAUGAUUAGUUUGCAUGCUAUGCAAGUUUUUUGUUGAGCUGUUUCCAAGGAGAACAGAGAAAACAGAGAGAGAACGCUGUCCACAGUUUCUCGUUAAUGAUGCUCAGAGCGAUUAUUUAUGGCAUCAUUGGUUGUCUGGAUGCUAACCUGGAUUACUGGACAAGGUGCUAGUGCUGCUGCUCCAGUCAACCAAUCAUAAACGAGGAACAUACUCAUACUGACUGGUACUGCUGCCUGUACCGGUAACAGAUAAAGAUACUGGUAUGGAUACAAGUUCAGAUACUGGAAAUGGUAACAGAUUCAAAUACUGGAACUGAUAUGCACACUGGAGACUGAUUUGGACACUGGUACUGAUACUUGUAACCAAUACUAAUACUAGUGAGGUGGUAUUGAUACAUAUGCCGGGCAGGGAUAUUGGUUUCGGGAUCAGAAUAACUCUAUUAGAUUGCAGGUUUUCGUGUCAGCCAGCUUAGUAAUUGCCUCACAGGAUCUGAGAGCUGGUUAGCACUCGCUCUUACAUAUUCUGCCUCUGAAUUAUCACAUUAGUUCUUUCUUAAAAUAAACCUCUUCAGUGAACUCACCCUGACAGGCUCCUCUCUCCUCCGCUUCCUCUCAGACGGAGGAUGCCUCACAUUCCUCAGUUGUAGGUAGAGUUAUUGACUCUGGAGCUUCUCCAAACGCUGCUGGUGCCAUGUCACUGCACUGAACAAGCACAGCCUCCUGGGAACAAUGACCCCCGUUGGCUGGCAGCUCUCUUCCUCUCUGGGAUGCACCUCUUCCUUCUCUCUCUUUCUUUCUCUCUCUCUCUGGCAGCAUGUCUCUCAGGCAGCAUUUGCAUCUGUAAUGACUCGAUAGCAGAGCUCAGAUGAAACACACUGUGGCUGUGUGUGAAUGGAAACUCCCCCACAAGCUGCUCUGGCAGAUAGACAGAGUGGGACUGGGUGAAGAUGCAUGCUGUCUUUACUGAUUCCAGUUUUCAGGAGUGAAAGCAGAGAGGGAAAAGCUGCCAGUCAUAGCAAUCCUCACUGUGUUGUUUGGUUUAUUUUAAAGAGUGACACGAUUUCCAGCUACUGCAGCAAUAAGCUUACAAGUAGUGAUUGACAUCAAAUAAAAUCUGCAAUAUUAUAACCUAUUAAAUACUGAAAGAGAACAACUGGAUAUUACACAGAGAGAAAACGCGGUAAUCAAAAUAAUAUAUUGUUUGACAGUUACAAUGUAGAGCCAGCUGCAGUGUAAGGCUGAUUAGUUUUAGCGUAGCUGACUGAUGAGCUUGUUCUUGUUUAUUUGUCUAAUUGCAUCAUCAGUCAGAGGGAGUUAAUGGGCCCUCAAUUGACACUGAAGUGGUCUGUAACACUUAGAGCACAGCAGCCUCUGCAUGUGUGAGUGCUCCAGCUAAAAACAUUUAUACGCACCUUAGACAGGCAGACAAAAAUUGUGCCAGAUUGAACCGUAGAAUACGGCUGUAGCUGAUCUAAGGGUAGUGCUUAUGCAACAUGUAUGAUUACCUUUGCACUAACAAGUCAGCAGUACUAUCCUUUGGUAAACCUGAGACUUUAUUUUCACACUGCUUUAUAAUACAUAAUUACAGGCCGCUGUGAUUGCACGCUACAAGAUGCAGUCAUAGUGAAGCUUUGUUAUUCCAUUUUGUAGCACCACCUGAGGCCUUGACUCGGGUCUUUUUUCUUUUUUUUUUCUAUGAAAGCAUUGGACCCAACAGAAGCUCGUUACAAACCUACAGGAUGUCACUCAUUAUGCUGUCAACAACAGCCUCACUUAUUCCCCCUCUGGUGCCGCAGAGUUGCAGAACAUUUGAAUUACUUCAGGUAGUGCAGACUUUGGCAGAGUCAACGCAACGCACAGCAGUAUGUGCGCUCACCUGUACAUGCACGUGGGAUUCUGCAUUAAUAUGCAUCUUUAUCGAUUGAAUUUGUUGCGUUUCUAUGAAAUAUAGAUACUUACAUGUACCUGAAUUUGCAGCAUACCUCCAAGCAAUUUUUAGCAUUUUUUCUCUAUGAAAGAUGCAAUGUAAUGAAUUAUUAAACAUGGACUUUUUUAAAGCAUGAUAGAUAUGUCAGCAGAGCAGGACAGCUUGGACCUGUCUGUUUUUCCUCCAGCCAAUCAGUCAGAGACAUUAGAAUAAACUUCCUGUAAGGCAGAUGUAGUAUGUAAUUAGCAGCCUUCUCCUUCCAUCUCGGCUCCUUUGUGCCAAGGUGAUCAAUCGUCCAGGGAGCGCCUGGGAGCUGGGAGGAGAGAUUGUGUGUUUGUAUGAGGGGAGGAAGGGGGGAGGAGAGUCUGGGUCUUAUUGUUAAUUGAGUGUACCGAGGAUUAUGAAGGCCCCUAAACUGGAUAUUAAAUAAUGUGGCCCCUCUCUCCCUCUCUCUCUCUCUGUGCUGUCUCUCCGUUUCAGGUGCAGAUGCGGCGGGCCAUGAGUGGAAUACUGAAGAGGAAAUUUGAGGAGGUGGAAGCCUCCUCCUCCCCGUGCUCUUCCUUGCGCGAGUCUGAUGAUGAGGUCUCCUGCAGCGAGAGUGGGGAUAGCAGUGACAGUGUCAACCCCUCCGCCUCAGGCCCUUUCACCCGUGAGUGCCUUGUGUCUUUUAAAUUUGUGCACAGUGAGGCUAACGUGUGUUAUUGACAGAAAGAUUACUGUCAUCAUAUUAUGUCAGGGAAAACAAAGCUGAAGCACUGAGAGAUGGGAAUAAAACUCAGAGGCAGUGAGGGUUUGCAGCUCCAAAUCAAUGCAGGAUGCAGGUGAAAGAAAACUAAUGUGUAUGUCUGGUGAUAAGAAUGUGGUAUGAAUUUACAGUAACAACCUUUCAGUGGAAAAGAGAAGAGAGGAGAUAGGAGAGGAGAGAGGAGAGGAGUGCAGUAUUAAAGGGAAAGCAUGCACAGGCAGCCUCAUUAGGAACAGCGUAGUGCACAGAUCUAGCCAGAUGAAUGAGGUGAUGCAGUCUCAAGCUGUGUUUGUGCAACACGAUUGGCUCUGUACAUCUAAAUACGUAGCUUUCCAACAGCACUGCAUUAUUAUUAGACUGGGGGAAACAUUUAUACAGAUCUACUCUUUCGAUCAGUAUCAACACACUCAAAAUUAAAACCUCCUUUGCACAUUUUUCAAAUUUAGUGGGAUGUCUUUAAAACUUUGAUCUAGAUUAAAACCAAAAAAUGUUGAGUUUACAUGAAUUAAAUGGAAAUAAAGGUGUACAGGCAUUAACUGCACACAGGUUCUUGGAUCAAUAAAAAAGUGUGUAACGAUAAAGCUGCAGAAAUUUCUAAUGAUGUUCAAGUAUUGAAUCACAUGCUAUUAGGAGUCCAUAUUAUUUUUAAAGGAGAUUUAAUUUCAACAUAGCUGUAGAAAAAAAUAUAUUUUAGAACACUUUUGAAGCCAGAUUUUUAGAAAAAAAAUACUUGACUGGUUUCUCAGAUUUCACAAUUUUUAUAUUCAAGCUUUAAGCACUUUUUCUUUAGAGCAACGUUGACACCAGUAACCUUUUCUCUUGCCCUUAAGGUUUUCAGAUUUAUAAAUAUUUCAGGAGAAAAAGUGUUAUGUAAAAUAAAGGAUUGUAUCAGAUUUUCUUUUUUUGGCCUGUUCGUGUUGAGCGCAUUGAUGAAUGAAAAGUUUGUUCAAUACCCUGUAAGUUUUUAAAGAUAAUUUAAUGUUUUUAAAUGCUAAUCUAUUAAUCUAUUUUCCUCAGAGCGGAGAAUAAAACACCAAAGGGAUUAAUAUUUUAAAGUAAUUUGUCAUGUAUUUUUGGCCUUUAUAGCUUGAGUGCCCAGCCUCUCUUUUUUUGUAUGACUCAAUUAAUGAAGUGAACCAAGCGACAAAACAGUGCAGUUUGGCUAAAAGUGAUUAAAUACAAAUAAAGUUUGACCAGCCACAGAUUCUGUAAAGCUUUCUGCUUUUAAAUACACAAAUGAUUCCACCGAGGUCUGCUGCUUUAAGAUGACACCAUAAAUCCUGACUUAACUGGACUCUAUAUUAAAGGAUGCUGCCCACAUUAAGGGUAGAAACAAUUACUAAAGACAUGCCUCCUCCUCUGCAGCAGGCUCAUCAGGACACUGAAAUCAUGGCUGAUAAAUAGCUGUGUGCACACAUGUAUCUUCAUUUGAGCUGAGAUAAAUGUGGAUGAGACGGAUUAUACAGUUGUUAGUCAUGAAUCAUUUUGGAGAGUUUGGAAGCAUCUGUGCACUUAGUGCCAAAAAUCCUCAAUGACGUCAUUCUUCAAGAAAAAGGAGGGAGUUCUGUUCGGACGGCACAGGUGCACAGUGAGCAAAAAUGAAGUUUAAUUGGGACACAAAAAGAAGAUUGAAACCAGCACUUUAGUUUUCUGUUUUGAUGAUGCGCUGUUUUCUAUCUGAAGGACAUGCAGAUGACUGACAGCCCCCCCCCCAAUAGGGAGACAUAAGUAGGGUGCUGCGUCCCUGGAGGCUUAGCGUGGCCUCUGUGUCAGCUGCAGAUGCUGGUAGCUAACAGCAACAGGGUAGCUGUGCACUGUGAAGACUUCUCUCCUGUGAAGUGACAUGUGCACAUACAGAUGAUAAUUGACUGUCUUGGUAGAGAGAUGGAACAAUUAAGCCCUAAGUGCUUUUGCGUUCUUCGCUGUUGUGUGAGGAGGAGUCGGGAAAACCUCUGAAAUGUGUUUAUCUUUGAGCGAGAAGCAGGCAGGUUUGAAUCCAGGAUUGGGAAAAGGGUAAAGGAACACUUGCUGAUUAUAGCUUGUAAAACUGUGACAAAUACCUGUGAGAUGUUUUUCUCUCUUACAGGCUUUGAUGUAAACCAUUAAAAAAAGCUGAUUGCAUAAACCUUAACAUCUGCUAACUGUUUUGACACUUAAAACAAGCUGUUCGUAUUUCAGUUCGUAGAUAAUGAAAGUCAGCUCAGUCUGACAGCUCUGCCUCUCUAAUGACAUGCAUUGUCCCCCCUGCGUGCGAUGGAGAAGAGCUGCUGGAACCAGAUGGUUUCUAUUUGUCCUGUCUGUCUGAUACACAGCAAACACUGGGAACACUGCCUCUGUGAACCAGCGCUCUUCAUCUCCGGGGCCAGGCAGAGGCAGGGGGAUUAUUUAUGCUCCACCGUUGCCCUCCUCUCCUCUCUGCCCCUCCCUCUUGUCGAGCUCUCCUUAAAAAGACAUGCUGAGGACUUGCAUGCCAAGCGGAAGCAGAGAGAUGUGAUGAAAUCCUUCCCUGCAAAGCUUUGCUGAGAGAUGUAGAAGCUCUCUGUAAGGCUGGCAAGAAAGAAGUCGUCAUUUUUCAGAGGUUUAAGGACAAUACCCCCAAGCCAGCUUGUUUUCUAUAUUUAGCCAUAGAAAUUUUGUGUGUCUUAACAGGCUUUACAUGAAAAUAGAUGUAUAAAUGAUGAAGGAAUUGUGUGAGAAGUGUUGUUGAUGCAUUGAUUCCUUGUGCCAUAUUCUCCCUCACUGGAUCCAUGAGUCGUCUAAACAGAUUGCAAGCAGGAUGGGAAGCUCUUUUUUUCAAACAUGCCCAUUUUUCUUUGCAGCCAACUCAAUCCUUAAGAGAGAGAAACGCCUCCGGACAAGGAGGGUGCAUUUCGAGAAUGUGACAGUGUACUACUUCAGCCGACGGCAGGGCUUCACCAGCGUUCCAAGCCAGGGAGGCAGCACGCUGGGCAUGUCCAACAGGCACAGCUGGAUCCGGCAGUACUCCCUGGGUGAGUUUGCCUUGGAGCAGGAGAGGAUCCACAGAGAUAUGCUCCGGGAUCACCUGAAGGAGGAGAAACUCAACUCCAUCAAACUCAAGGUAAAAAAUCCCAUUUCGAGAAAUCUCCAAGCAUCGAAUAUCGAAAAAAGUAUGAAAGGUAUCCAGUCUGAAAGACUCUUCACUUGAACAUUUAUAAAUGUGUCCUCCUUUGUAGCUGACCAAGAACGGAACAGUGGAGUCUGAAGAGGCAAACACGCUCACAGCUGAGGACAUCUCAGACGACGACAUCGAUCUGGACAACACAGAGGUAGACGAGUACUUUUUCCUGCAGCCGCUUACCACUAAAAAGAGACGGGCGCUGCUGCGCUCCUCCGGGGUAAAGAAGAUUGACGUGGAAGAGAAACAUGAACUGCGGGCUAUCAGGAUGUCCAGAGAGGACUGUGGCUGUGAUUGUAGAGUCUUCUGUGACCCAGAGACCUGUGCCUGCAGCAUCGCAGGGAUCAAGUGCCAGGUAAAGCCCACAGUAUGAAUAUCUCCUGUUUUACCCUUUUAAUAGAAAAGAAACUGUACAGCUAAAGAGCAGAUGCAGGUAUGAAAGACAACACUGUGUCUUUUGGUUCAAAGUUAUUAAACGGCUUCUUUUCCUCAGGUGGACCGCAUGUCGUUUCCGUGUGGCUGCACCAAAGAAGGAUGCAGCAAUUCAACAGGGAGAGUGGAGUUCAACCCCAUACGUGUCCGAACCCACUUCUUGCACACCAUAAUGAAGCUAGAACUGGAAAAGAGUCGUGAGCAGCAGCAGGCAUCCCCCACCAACGGUUACCAUGGUGAUAACAACGACCUGGGGAGUGAAAACCCUCUGGUCCAGUCCCAGCACAGGUUGGAGUACUCACUGUCGGACGCUGUCCCACAAACAGCAGCGAUGCACCUGCAAGCCUCCGAAGAUAUGGAGGAGCCUCUGGAUGAAGAGGAAGAUGAGGAAGACGAGGAAGAAGAUGAUGAGGAGGAGGAAGAGGAGGAGGAGGAAGAGGAAAAUGAAGAAGAUGAGGAAGAUGAGGAGGAUAGCAGCAGUGUUUGCAGUGCGCUGUCUGACUCCAGUACGCAGAGCUUGGCAAACAGCGACUCUGAGGAUGAGGAGGAGGAUGAGGAGGAUGAAGAGAAGUCUGAGAACUUGGAGAGCCAAUCAGUGACUCACACUGAGGUGGUCCCAUUGUCCUCGGUGCUGUGCUACAGUGAUGUGACGCAUGAGAACCACAUGAACGGAAACACGUAUUUCAUGAACUCUUCCUCGGCUGAGUACUACCAGCUGGGGAGCUCCGCUGUUGUUGCAAACGGUCAAACCAGCCAACCCAGUGAACCCUUCGGGGAAGCCUUAGCAUUCCAGGAUCCGAACGGCACGACCAACGGGGGCAUGCCACAAGGACCAUUCAACAUAUCUGCUGAGCAGUACACAGACUACCCCAAUCAGGCUGAGCCACAAUACACUAACGGUAACGCUAAUCACCAUUUCAGCCUGACGAGCGGGGCGCCCGCCACGCCGUUGACCUGCUACACAGCUGAUUCAGAGAACAAGGUGUCCAAGGUGGCAUUUGUGGAACAGCCUGAAAACCAGAACCAGACCCAGUUUCAGAAUUUCCUGAACAAUAACACACAGGGUUCAUACAGCAGCCACAGCUCGUGUUUGACAGCCAAACAGCAGCAAGAGUCCAGUAUCAAUAACAGCCACUCUGACCUGACCUUAUUAGCAAACAACACGAAGAACCUUCCUUUACCAGACCAUUGUCCCGAGGUCGCAGCCAUUUAGUGGGCCUCACCUCUCAAAGUGUUCUUUCAUUAUUAUGUCUUAACUUAAGCCUGACCGAGGGACAUUUCAAGGGAACAUAAUCAUGGCCUUUUUCAUUAUUUGAUCUGAAACUGCAGAGCUAUCGGCACCACUGUAGUGCAUUUACAGCUAUUACGUAAAAGCCGAGGACCAUAUUCAGACAGCAGCUGUUUUCCCCGGACUUUCGUCUUUGGAGAAGAAGCUCCAAUUCUCAAGCGUACAGGCAUGAUGAAAGUUAUAAAAAUACUGUUUUUGCUUCCAGCUGUAUCAAAACUUUAUGUAAAUGAACAUUGGUGAGUAUUUUGAUGGAGGUGGGGCAAUAUUUAAACAUUUCAAAAUGUUAUUUAAACUUAAAGUACAGCCAAUGUCUCUCCACAGUUUCAAAUAUGAUUUUUUUUAUGAUUAUAAAGAUUGUCAAACUCCCUUCUCAAAACAUCAAAAUGGCAUUGAAGCUUCCUAAACGAAGCCUGUCAUGAGGGGGAAGUAGCUCCUGUAUGAAUAUGGUUAAAUUAGCUCCACAGUGAGAACAUAAAGGAGGAAAAACUCGCUCUUACAUUUUUCUUCACUACAGUAUGUGCUUAACUUGCAAGAUUAAACCCAUCACAGCCACUUUCAAGCAUCAGUUAUGUCAUGCUGUGCAAUGUAUUAUGUAAUCUCAGAUGUAAAGUUCUAGUUUUAAGCAGAUAUUGUACCGUAGAUGGACCUUUUCUAUGUCUACCGUAUGUGUCAAAUGUGCAAAAAAAGGUUUACUGUCGGUUAAUUUAUUGUUUCUUAAUUAUGUGUAUCCUUAUAUAUUGUAAAUGUUUUGAUAAUAAGCAUGCUGUUUUGGGAAUCAGUGACAUUUAGGGGAAAAUAAUUGCCAUUGUUUUAUAUGAAAAUGUGUUGUAUACAUAAUGUACAUUUCUGUUCUUUUUGGUCACUAUAAUAUGCUUUUCUAUGGUUUUGGAAAAGCAUGAAGCCUGAAUUCUUAUUUGUAUAUUUGUAAUACAAUGUCAUAAGAUAGCGUUAAAUGAUAAGAGAACAAUUCACAGCCUUUUGCACUUAUGUGUGGGGGUCCAGUGGCAUGCAGUUGGUUUGAACUGAGUAAUACUUGAACAGUGGAAAAAAAAAAACAAGGUCCCCCACUUGCUUUUCCUCCUCAACCUUUCAAAGUCAGGAGUCCAUAUCUGCUACACUAAUCACGUAUACAGGGAUGAUGAUGAUGAUGAUGAUGAUGAUGAUAAAGUAGCACUUUGACAUAUCUCUGAAAGUAUAUGAAGCUCUAUGAUUUACUCCAGAACUCUAUCUUUAUCUUUGAGUCAGUAUAAUCAGCUUAGUUUCAUAAAGCAUCAGUAGCCAGCCUCUACUACAGACAAAUUAUUGUCCGCUAAUGUGUCAGUAUCUCAAAUUAAUCCAGUUACUGGAUUCCUGUUUUCUGAUAGCCGUGUAAGCCACAUUCCACUCCUUAUUAACUACGAUGUUAACUUAUAUGGGUCCAAUAAUCAUGUUGAUUUGUUCUAUUGAUGUGCAAUAGCUUGAGGGUUUACAGUAGGUGUUCCCUUUGAGAGAAAAUCCUCAAUAAAGCGGACCACCUUUAAUUGACUGUCAAGGUAUUUGAUAUUGUACUUUAAACACUAUUAGCUGAGUAUUGAAUUUGACACGAUUUAAUUAAGUGUAUAUGGAGAAAAAAAAUGUUCAAGGUAGACAAUCAAAGAUUAAAAUGUGGUUCAUUUGAGUAAACACACAAACAAUAUCAUCUCUGAGCCAUUCUAAAUAUCCGAACAGCCAGGUUUUCUAAAGUUGUUUACCAAAAAUCUGUAAAUAACCUUUUAGAUUGUCUUUUUUAUGAAUCCUAAAACAGGUAGAAUUGGAGUAAUUGUUCAGAAAUUGGAUGACUGCAAUAAUUAAGUAAAGAGACGACAAUAAAAUGUUUCUGAGGUUAUUCACCUUGAGCUAUUUGCUCCUGCAUGAAUACAAAUACUUCCGUCCUUCAGGCUGUCGAGUAUCUGCCAUAUUUUGAAAUAAAAGGAGGUUGUUUCUGGAUUUUUGGCAGUGGUGUGACUGAUGAGUAGCCUGGACCUUUUCAGUCAUCUCAGUUGUUUAAAAGAAGCUGACUGACUGUUUUUAGGCAAUCAGAGGCAUCAAAACAGUCUAAUUUGCAGACAAAUGGUGCCAAAAUAUUCAAAGCGAGAAGGCUACAUACAGCGACACUGCAUCCCCUUCAGAAUCCUGUGUUGGAUUUUAAUUUCCAGUAUUUAUUAUGAACGAUAUAAUGAAAUGUGUAUUUAUUGUGAAUUUACUAAAAGUCUGUAUUGAGUAAAUUGAUUCACUAUCUUAAAAUUUGUCUUUUGUUUCAUGCAGGUUGUGUUGUAAAGCUUCAUGUGCCUGAUUUAUUUAUUUAUUAUUAUGUGAAAAGCAAACAUUUUGCACAAAAUGCUCCAUUUUUUUUAUGUGUUUUGAUUUUCAAACUGUAGAUAGAGCCAACUUCAUUUUCAGUUGCUUCAUUUUUAACAUGGUUUUGAAAUAAAUGAAAUUCAAAUUGUUAGUCAA